CCGAGAUCCGAUCGAGUCUUGAAAAUUCUUUGAAACCGCUCAAUUUUCCUACUGAACAAAUCAUGUUUAAAUUAUUCGCGAACAAGUAACCAUGACGCAAAGAAUGGAACGGGCAUUUCUUUAGCGCGAGCAGUAUUGACUUGGAUGAAGUGUUGAAUGGAAAUUCUAUAUCGAUUCUAUAGCAUGUAACUUCCGUUGGUCUUACGACGGAACCAACAAGUUCAGUUUUCGGCCGGAUAUAUUUGAAACUGAUUGUUCACCUUGGCGAUCCGUCGACCGACGCUAAACUAUGGCUAAUUUAAACUGAUCUACAGCAAGUCAAUGGUUCAAGGAAUAUCACAUCCGAAAAUGGCAUUCUUGCUCAAACGAUUUACACAGAAGAAACACAUCGAUACUAAAUCACUCUCUCAAUCAAAACUGUCUCGCUGUUUAUCCAUAUUCGAUCUAACAUCGCUGGGGAUAGGCAGUACUCUUGGUGCUGGAAUUUAUGUUUUAACCGGAGAGGUCGCUCGAUCGAUCUCCGGACCAAGUAUUGUUAUUUCUUUCUUCAUCGCAGCUGUUGCUUCCGUUCUCUCAGGAUUGUGUUACGCCGAGUUUGGUGCCAGAGUACCUAAAGCAGGCUCGGCGUACAUCUACAGUUACGUGACUGUGGGCGAAUUAUGCGCUUUUAUAAUCGGUUGGAAUUUGUUUUUAGAAUAUGUGAUCGGCGCCUCGUCCGUUGCUCGAGCGUGGAGCGAUUAUUUUGACUCCAUUCUCGACGGGAGAAUUCGAAAUUUUACUUUGGAACAUUUUGGUGAAAUUCACGCCGACGGCCUGUCAACAUAUCCCGAUUUUUUUGCGGUAUUACUUCUGAUGUUUGUAACUCUUGUCCUUGGGAUCGGUGUCAAAAACUCUUCUCGAUUUAACAUAAUAUUCACCGGCAUAAACUUAUUUGUUAUUCUGUUUAUAAUAUGCGUGGGGAUAUAUUUCGCCAAGGGCGAAAACUGGACACGAGAUUUCGCUCCAUUUGGGAUAUCCGGUGUUUUCUCCGGUGCAGCAACUUGCUUCUACGCUUUCGUUGGUUUUGAUGUGAUCGCGACGACCGGCGAAGAAGCUAGAAAUCCAAGCAGAGCGAUACCGAUUUCUAUCGUGUUGGCUUUAGGUAAGGAACGUCGCUCAGUCGAAUUUGUUAACCUGCUAAUUUGUUUUACAAACGCAAUGAAUAAUUCGGUACCGACCGCUAGCCGGUUUAAUUUGUGAGCUCAGCUGCGCCAAUUUUAUAAGGCUAAUAUUCUGACUAGCCUGCGUAGCAAGCGUUUCCGUGCGGUUUCGGAGAAAAGAACGAGGAACGUGAGUCAAAGACCGCGCGAAAAAUGGCGAAAAAAUGGCGCGAGUAAAAGAGCGGGGAGGGGGUGGGGAAGAAAGGUAAGGUAAGGAGUUUCCUUCCUUUCCCUCCCCCUCCCCCCUCUUUCAUUUUUUGGCUCUCGUUCCAUUUUUAGCGUGGUCAAAACCGAAAAUCCCAUUCCUCAGUCUUUCUUUGCUCCAAAACCGAACGGAAACGCUUGCUAGGCAGGCUAUAUUCUGACAAUCUCUUUUGAUUCUAUAUAAUACUGAUUUAUUGUGGAGAAUUAUUUAUCGUUAAACAGAGUUAAGUAGGUAUUGAGACUUUAAAUUAUGCCAUUUAUAUCUUUAACACUAUUUGUCACGACACAUGUUCCGUUUUCAUUCAAUAUUACUAGUUCUGGAAUUGUUUCUUAGCCAACAAAACCCCAAAGUAUUUAACCCUGUAAAACCCUAAUAUCAACAUUAAGAUUCUCAUUUACAGCCCCUAUACUUUUCAAUAGAAGUAGUAGGGAGAAUUUAUUAAAAGUUUUGCGUUUUGUUUGGUCACGAAGCUCCCUUAACCUUUUUUACAUACCGUAUUAUUCCGAAAAAAAGGCCCGGGGCAUAUAUUUUUUUAAAAGCCCUUUUUGGAGGGGCUUAUAUUCAGAGGGGCUCAUGUACGGAGGGAAAUUUGCGUUUCAAAAUCGGCUAGGCAUAUACUGGGAGAAAUAUGCGUCUCAAAAUCCAUUACAUUAGCUUAUAGUUGGAAGGAAAUUUAUGUCAGUAAUUUGCAGCAACAAGUUUUUACUGAAACACGCCUUGAGGACGUAGAUCUUUCUAAAACUCAGCCAUGUAAGUACUUUGUCUAUAUGGACCGAGGAAAUCCAAGACAAGAUUGAAGAGUAAACUGCGCAAACGGCAAUAUACUGUGACACUUUUUGACUUCAAUCAUUUGGCGGACGUAAUAGUUCUUUGGCAAAUGCAAAAAUUUAUGUGUUACUCUACAGCUUUUGCUUUGUUUUAUUUUGAAUUUGAGAGCAAUUUCCCAGUACAAGCCCCUGGGGGCUUGUAUUUGGGAGUGCGAUUUAUCGGAGAGUUUUUUGCGUUACGAGUUUGGGGGGCUUAUAUUUGGAGGAGCUUAUUUUCGGAAUUUUACGGUAUCAGAUUUUGUGUGCUAUAAUGAAGCGGCUCUCAAAUUGAAGACAUCUGUAGCUAUACUUCAGUGUAUUUAUAAUUCAGUCUUCUUGCACAUAGUAAAUCGAAAUGAGUUUCUGGUUUUCUCUGCUUAAUUUAUUACGUACCAGCAGUUAACUAUGAAUUGCACCUGUUACGGCACCCGUCGCCAAGACGGUGAUUGAAAUUUGACGCCGCAAAGGGUCUAUUGAAUGCGUGAUCUUUUUUUUCUUAACUUAAUGUCUCUCUUGCCGUAAUUUAAAUAUCUGCAUUUUAAAUGUAUUUUUUAUGUAUUUUAUAUUCGCCGUUUUGUUAGUUUCAAAAUGUUUAGAUUAAACUUCUGCCACCUGGUUGCACACGGAUUGUACCAGUUCCCGUACACCGUGUAGUUUUGAUACAUGGAGACAAGGAUCGUUUCUUUCAAUACUGCACGGUUCAUUAAGUCGAGAACAAUAAACAAGAGAGAUGGAAAACAACUUAUCUAGUAUGGAUAGUAUUGAUAUAAUAUCUAAUAUUUAUCUUGUAUGUGGUGGGAAUCUAUGAGCAAUUAUUCAGUCACCAACGGCAAUUCAGUUCAGCUGAGCUGUCUAACCUGGCUCCUUGUUUCCUAUUAAACCUUUGCGGUUCUUUGAGAGCAGUUAAUCACAGAAAAGCUGGAAAAGCUGGAAGACGGACUGGCCGGUGCAGCAUGUUCACACUUUCACCGAAGAAAUCGCCAAGCGCGCGUAUGAAAAUAAAAACCGUGGGGGUUUAUUGAGCACUAGGCAAAAGAGGGAGGGCAGGGUGCGUUGAAAUGAGUUCUUACAUUUCGAGCUCCGCGUUCUCACGCUUUGCGCUCGCUUUUGCCUGCUCCCUUGGCUCUUGCACUCGCAAAGUUCGUCGAAAAAGAAAGAAAAUCUCCUGUGACAGGCUAAUGCUGUUGGAAACCAAGUCUCGGUUUCCGUUUUAAAGAAAUUUUAGUCUAACAGGGUCUGCAGAGGUUCGCGUUGAGACAGCUCUGACGGUAUUGCAUGAACAGAUCUUAAAGUGUUUUUACUCAAUUCACAUUUGUAAUUUAUAUCUUUUGCAGGUAUCUGUUUUCUGGCUUUUUUUGGUGUCUCAGCCGUGCUGACACUGAUGUUGCCCUACAAUGAAUUAUCCAAUAGAAGCGCUCUCCCUGACGCGUUCGCAACUCGAGGAGCCCCGUGGGCCAAAUACAUUAUAGCUGUCGGUGCCCUCUGCGGAUUGAGUGCCUCCUUAAUUGGAUCCUUGUUUCCUUUACCCAGAAUGCUGUAUGCCAUGGCUAGUGACGGGCUAAUCUUCGAGUAAGAAAAGAAAUAAUUAUUCUCCGUUAUAAGUACUAGGAUUUUUCAUUUAGAUUUUGUAUCCCGCAUUCGGAUGUGUGUCACACAUAUCGCUCGUAUGUGGUUUAAGUUUUCUAGUGCUUUGAUUAAACGAUACUGACGAAAUUGUGUAAAGUUAAGAUGCAGAGGGAAUAUCACGAAGUCUAGAAAAACACAUUUGAGCAUUAUCAAAUUAUAUUAUCUCCGGGUAAUGGUAAAAUAAGUGGCAAAAUGUUGGCAAAAUCACCGAAUCACGGUACAAUGUGAAAGAACGUCGACAGUGUUUUAAUUAAUUGAAAUUGUUGGGUUCAAACUGUAGAAUUUGGGGGGUGUCCUAGCUUAAUGUGCAAUAUAACUGAGUCGCAUCUGACGGAAAAGGAAAAUUUACGAACGGACGGACUAGGCAUACAAACUUGACAGAUGGACGGACAGAUCGAAAGAAAGAAAUACUUUUACCUAUCUUAACGGACGGAUGGACAGACGGACUGGACACACAGACGUAACAGACGGACGAACAGACCAGACGAACAGAUGGACAAAAAUCUGGUAGAAGAAAUGAUCUUACUUAUCCCGACGGACGAAUGGACCGAACAGACUUAGGGAAGGACUAAGUAAAGAAACUGGACGGACGGAAACUCUGACAGAAAUUUUAGUUAUCCCGAUGGACAGCAGGACUGGAUUGACAGACAGACGUACAGACAAACAGACUGGACGGACGAACAAAUGAACAGACGGAAAGACGGACAGAUGGACAAAAAUCAUGUAUAAGAACUGAUUUUACCUAUCCUGGCAGACGGACGGAUUUGUUGGAGGGACUCGACGGACAGAUUGAAAAACAUCUUUAGGAAAUGAUUUUACGUAUCCCGAUGGACAGAACGGACUGGACAGAUGGAAAAACAGUUAUGAGAAAUGGUUUUACCUAUCCCAACGGAUGGAAACCCAAAGCGUAAACAAUGAUACUGACUUUACAGUUAAUUUACAAUUAUUGAAUGAUGCUGAGUAUGUUGUCAAAAAUCAUGCAAAACGAGUUGGGCCGGUGCUUAUAACACCCUUCGAUAUCUGCAUAAUUCUUCAUCUGUUAGAAAAGCCGAAUUAAAUAAUUGUUUUGUUAUUCAUGCGAAAUAUUUCUACGUUUUUAUCGACCUCCUUAUUACCUCUUCGUAUUCUUUCUUCAAAACAUUUGCCUGUUAUUUCGGAGCGGUUUCAGAAUAUAGACAAUGUUGCACUGAGACACUCGUCGAAAAGUAGAUGACAUCCAUCGAGCAAUACUUUUUGCGUUUCAUUGCAUUUCUUCUGUUUAGUUUUUGUUAGGAACUGGGCUAUUUCGUCUUUGGAUCGCCGUGAACGCAUUCACUGUUUUUCUUGAUUUCAUUUAUGCCAUAACAGCUAGGCUGCUGCGCCGCUGUCUGGAAACGAGGUGACGAUGUUAUAGAGUGGUAAUAUGCCAUCGAAUCGAUGGUGUAAUGCUCGCGUCUUCCAAAUAUGGUCAGCGCAAGCUGGUUAUGAAGAAUUAGUCGGGGGAUUAAAGCCGAUCGGAAAAGGCGACUUAUUUUGAAUGAAUACUAACUUACAUCCCGCUGUUUUUCUUAUUUGUUGUAGGUUUCUCGCCAAGGUGCACCCCAAGACUGAGAUCCCGGUAAUCGGUACAGUCCUAUCCGGGUCACUUGCAGCUUUCCUGGCCUUAAUAUUGGACCUUGAAGCACUGGUAGAAAUGAUGUCCAUUGGUACUCUGCUAGCCUAUACAAUAGUGGCAUUGUGCGUUUUGUUGCUCCGCUAUCAGCCUGGUAGUAUAGGCAUUGUAAAGGGAGGGGAGCGAAUUUUCUCAACCAACGACGAAAGCUUAGAAAACGAACAAGAAAUGGCGGAGGAAGGCACUCGACUCACAGGUGCAUUGGAAAAUAACGGCCCAACUCUACAAACUGCCCAGCUUGCCGCCAUUGCAAUUUACUGCAGCCUCACCUUGUUUUUCUUCUUAAGUGUCUUUCUCAUCUGGGGAACCGAGGCUCUUUCGAAGGGUCAAUCAUGGGCUAUCAUUCUGGCUAUUAUCCUAGGUGUUCUUGUCAUUGCCUGCAUAGCCCUCCUCACACGUCAGCCCCAGAACAAAACGCCCCUGCCGUUUAUGGUGCCUUUUGUGCCUGCAAUCCCCCUCUUCUCAGUAUUUAUUAAUGUCUUUCUGAUUCUGAAGCUUUCUCACCUGACGUGGAUACGUUUUGGCGUUUGGAUGGCUAUUGGUAAGUAUCAGAGUAAAGUCAAAACUAAAAGUGAUAUGAAUACUGGCCCCAUUCAUACCUAUCCGUUUUUGUUUGAGAACGGAGAUUUUUUUCUCCCCUUUGGCCUACCAUCCACAGGUAUCCGGUGAAGACGGCCACCCAAAAUGCAUGUGAAAACACCGGCUUAUCGUUUCCGUCUUGCAGAACGAACUGAAAACGGAGGGUUUCAAAUACGAUGAUGUUAUAAAUCAUACAGCCCAUGCCUUGUAUGGCAUGAUAUUGUAUUUCCAUCUUAUAAGCGUUUUCCUGUGGACGGGCGAAAACAAUUCGCCACGUGUGGAGUGUAGUUUUUCGAAAACAGAGCAAAAAACUCCGUUUUUCGGGCUUAUGUGGACGAGGCCUCAUUUUGCUCCUGUUGGUUAGAAACAUACAAUAGACUGUUAACUUUCCUUGCUUAUAUACUAAGCAUUAAUUUAAAGUUUUAUUGAAAAGCUUCACUUUUCAAUUCAAUUUUCUACUUAGUGAUGGAGAUGGAGAAAGGUGGUUCUUGGGUCUUCUGAUAAAAUCCUUUGUUGUGACCAUUCAACUGAAAUGUUUUUAACAGCACUUUCACAGGGUAAUAUUUGAUUUCCAGCAUUUUCGAAAAAAAAAUGCGGAAAUUUUGUGGUAUUUAGACUCUGGCCACUAUUGGGGGGAAAAGGUUAGGCCGAUCAUUGCAAAGUGUUGGUAAGUAUUAUUUCCAGAUGAAAUGUUUUUCCUUGACGCAAACGAACGUACCACUUUGUUAUUCUUAUCUAUAUUACUCUCAGCUUCGGUGUUUUGAAACGCGCCCUUUUAAUUUCUCAACAUGAAUGAAUUUAUAGAAAUCGCACUCUAGUCUGUUACUUCAAAGUUUUUUUUUUGUAAAAACGACAUCGUUUUGUGUUUAAUGACUGUCUGUUUUUUAACUGCCGGAGCUUAAAAAAUUGGUUAGAUGCCACGAAGUAAGUGGCACAGCCUUAACCAUGUGUUGUAGGUUGAAAGUCCGAAGACUUUUCUCGUCCUUAUCGAGGGAGAUGCUAACCUUCUCUCGGCUCAUACAACACGAUCUACAGCUGGCCCUUUCUGUUUAUAUAUACAACACGGCUUGUUCUUUCUUUCGCUUGUGGUGCAAACAUUUCUACCCAUUUUUCGUUUCCGGAGUCUAACGAAAUUUCGUUAAAUACCUCUCAAAAAGUUUUAUGAUAAUUAUUGUUGAUAUUGUUCAGUAUUUUUUGUUUCAUUUUUAAUACAUUGUGCUAUUUGUUACAAAUUAUAGCGUUUGAUGUACGCAUGCGCAAAGACGGUAACUAAAUUGUAUUCCGUUGUGAAAAUGAUUUAAUUUCGGUUCACCUUUGUGAAUUAUAUUUAAAGCAUUAAUGUAAAGUAUGCGAUGAAGAAAUGGAAGGAUGUCUAUAAUUUGUUAUAAAAAUCGGUCUUGUCAUCCGCAGCAAACUCUUUCUGCUGCCUCAGAUAAGUGAACGAUCUUUCAGUGAAAUUUGUCCGACCACUUGCUACCGGUAACGUUGAAACCAUAUCAAGGCUCGGUUUCUAUUAUCUGAGAGUUUCGGAAGGGGUGACCUGGCUGGAGCUCUUUGUUCCGUGGUUCUCUGUUUAAAAGUCUAUUCUACUGCUGAAGAGCCUUCGUUUUUUCUUUCGUUUCGAGGUAAAUCUUGCCGGAAUUGCCGAUUGAAAAAAAACGACAACAACAACAACAACAAACAGGGGAGAAACCGGCAGAAAAUCCGGGUAGGAACCACAGAUCAGGCUCUGUAUGGCUCAUUUUGUGAGUAUCCUUCUCGGUCCGAACAUCCCUGUCCUCGUUUAUUAACUGAAGAUCACACAGGUAUAAUAACGACCAAAGAACGACCUACCAGUUUUUUUUGUCAUUCUAAACUUUUUAAAAAAGUGUUACAUUACUAACUCGAGGAGGAACAAGGGACUGUCUGAACCCUAACCGGCUCUAAGUCCAGCUAUAUUAGGGACCUCAAGAUGCGACGACGACGGCGGAGAAAACGAGGCGUAAAAAGAGUAUUCGCAGUUUUUAAAUCUUCAUCGAGGUUAUCCCAACUCGCUUAUUAUGCCAAAUGUAUGCAACCUCUCCAAGAGUUGAAUUCCUAAGAACCUUAUCCAAGCUCAGAAAGGGAAAAAAAUUCCUCGUUGCCUGUUUACGUCCUCCAUCAAACAUGAAAUUAGGCAUUUUCACGUCGUCGCCGUGCUGUGGUGGCAACGAAAUGUACAAAAAAGAGAGAUGCACGUGCAAAGUUAUUGUUUUGCCUAUUCAACCUAUUUCAUUUUUGAUUAUCUCGUUGCCGCCGCCGUCGUGGGAUCUUGAGGUCUCUAUUCCGGUACUGCACCGCGGCGAAUCUUAAUUAAUCUUAAUUAUUGCUAGAACUCUGUUUUAUGGAGCCUCCGCGUUCUUAGAAAAAUGUACUCACGUCUUUGCAAUCUUAUGCUUAGUUCUGCCUUUAUGGUAAUUUUUAUCAAUUCGGUUAUACUUUUUAAAGCAACAGUAUAGAAUGCAAGUAACAAAAAUACAUCUAUAGAAAAUGAACGAAAUUAAAAAAUAAUCAAAAUAAAAAAGAUAAGAUAUCACUCUAUUUCAGCCAAGCAUUAUCCUCUGCGUCCACUUAACUUUAAAGAGUCUUGCAUGUAUUUAUACGCAUGGGCGAAGAUGGACUAACACUUUCUACAAUCAAAACUGUUUGUAAAUUUUAAUUUAUUUACUUGUUCCGUCGUUUGGUUACGAUUUCUUAGUAAGGUAAAUUAAGAAAAAAAUAUGAACUAUCUCGUUGAAAUGUCAGAUUUUACCGUUUUGUAGGCCCUUUGUUUGAAACGAAAAGAUUAGAGUAAUUAAUUGUCUUGGGCAAACAAUAUAUUACCCACAUGUAUAUUAUUGUCAAGGUCUUUCGAUCCGUGGCAUUACCUGCCGUAACCGGCCUUCCUGUUUCCAAUGAAUAUAAAUGACAGGUCCUUUUCACCAAAUUGUCAAAACAUACAUUCUCCUUAACAUUCCUAUAACAUUGUGACAGAGUAAGUGAGGAGAAUUGCGGCUUGAUCGAUGCAAUACACGACGGGGGGAGGUUUGUGUCGUUUGACGUGUAAUCGUUGAAAUAUUCGUUGCGUUUUAACCUUCGAGUCGGAGGGGUUUAUAACUAGAAUGCCGGUUCUUUUGUAACAAUGGAUCUUUGAUUUACCCGAACAAACACAAAUACUUCUUCUCAUAAGUUCUUCUAGAAGAAGCGGCUUAUUGAAUCAAGAAGACAUGGGUUGUUUUCGUAAAUUUUCUCGACGAAAGUGCAUAGAUCUUGCGUCCUUGGCGGAAACAAAACUCGCCCGGUGUUUAUCUCUUCUCGACUUAACCGCGUUGGGAGUUGGCUGUACCCUCGGUGCCGGUGUCUAUGUGAUCGCUUGUGAAAUUGCAAGAGAUGUGGCCGGACCAUCUACAGUUAUCUCCUUCUUAAUCGCUGGAAUAGCAUCGGUCUUGUCCGGACUUUGUUACGCUGAAUUCGGCGCCCGCGUACCCAAAGCUGGAUCAGCGUACAUCUACAGCUAUGUGACUGUUGGCGAGUUGGUGGCAUUUAUUAUUGGAUGGAACCUUGUCAUGGAGUACAUGAUAGGAGCAGCGGCUAUUGGCCGAGCGUGGAGUGCGUAUUUUGAUUCCAUGAUACAUGAUAAAGUUAGGCACUGGAUAGUGGACAAUGUUGGACCAAUAAAAAUCGAAGGACUUGGCAGCUACCCUGAUUUUUUAUCAGUGGGGAUUAUUUUGAUCCUAAUGACUGUUCAACUGUUCGGCGUUAAAAAAUCGACUGUGUUUAUAUUUGGUGUGACAUGCAUAAACGUCGUUGUCAUCGUCUUUAUCAUCGUCAUGGGUGUCAUUCUAGCCAGACCUGAGUAUUGGUCAGACUUUAUGCCUUACGGUCCAUCGGGAGUUCUCGCGGGCUCGGCUACUGCAUUUUUCGCUUUCGUUGGCUUCGAUGUUAUUGCAACAGCAGGCGAAGAAGCAAAGAACCCGAGUAAGACAAUUCCUUUAUCUAUCUUAUUGGCAUUAACUGUUUGUUUCUUGGCGUAUUUCGGUGUUUCUGCUGCGGUCACUUUAAUUUGGCCAUACAACAAGUUGGAUUAUGGGGCGGCCUUACCAAAAGCCUUUGAGCACCGUGGUGCUUACUUUGCUAAAUACAUUAUCGCGGUGGGAGCACUUUGCGGAAUGACAGCCGCUAUCAAUGGCGGACUUUUCCCACUACCACGUCUGCUUUACGCUAUGGCCUCGGACGGACUUAUUUUCAAAAGUUUCGCACGCGUCAGUAAGACCACCGAGGUGCCCGUUAUUGGGACCCUUUUUUCAGGAAUUCUCGCAGGAUUUCUAGCAAUGAUCUUUGAACUGCAGGCCCUUGUAGAGAUGAUGUCAAUAGGAACUCUCCAAGCGUACACUAUCGUCUCCACUUCAGUGCUUAUUCUUCGAUAUCAACCGGGAACAAUCGGCUUCGUGAAAAUCACCGAGGACGCCGCGAAAACGAAAACCGAACCCUCUAGUCCUGUUUGGGAGCCAACUGUGCGAUCAGGAAACAUUUCAAAAUGCGUGAUCUGGUUCUUGUUCUUUUAUUUCUUUUGUUUUAGUGCAUUUUUGAUCAAUGGGCUCAUUCCAAUGUACCAAGGAAAGGCAUGGGCCAUUAUACUAGCAGUUAUAUUGAUUCUUAUUUUUAUAGCCUCAAUCGUUGUGUUGAGCAUGUUGCCCAAGAGUGUAACGCCAUUGCCUUUUAAGGUACCGCUUGUUCCUUUCCUUCCUCUUGCUUCGAUGUUUAUUAACAUUUAUCUCAUGAUGGAGCUUAAUCCGGCCACGUGGCUUCGAUUCGCGGUGUGGAUGGCUAUUGGU